AAGCUGGCUAAACAGAAGACAGAUAGAUGGUUCUCUCAAUCGAACUCCUGCUGGAUUCUAUGAUCGGGUGUGGCAGAUCUUGGAGAGAACCCCUAAUGGUUUAAUAGUGGCAGGGAAAUUUUUACCACAGCAACCAACUUUAUCGGAUAUGACGAUGUAUGAAAUGAAUUUUUCCCUUCUAGUUGAAGAUAUGCUGCAAAAUAUCGACCAGCCGGAAUAUAGGCAAAUUAUUGUAGAGUUGUUGAUGGUUAUAUCUGUUAUUCUGGAGAGAAAUCCUGAGCUAGAGUUCCAGGACAAAGUGGACUUGGACAAAGUGGUGCAAGAAGCCUUUCAUGACUUUCAGAAGGAUCACAGCAGUCCAAACGGAGCUGAAAAACAAGAUGACAUGACUGCAUUCUACAACACUCACCCAAUUGGAAAGAAGGGAACAUGCAGCUACUUGAGUAAAGCUGUGAUCACUUUAUUGCUGGAAGGGGAAAUGAAAACAAGUAAUGAUGAUCCUUGUACCAUUAGCUAAAGCUUGAAACACAACGUAGGAAUUGUUGCUUUAUUUAGUGUUCUAUGUAUCUUUCAUGCAUAUAUUAAAAUACUGUUUUGAAGAGUAACCCUGGCUAAUAAUACAAAUGCAUACUGUCCUUUGCUGAAAGAAGUGCCAUUAAAAAUACUAAGUGCCACCUAAUUUUUUCCUUUCUCAACUAUGCAGCAUGAAACUCUGAGCACAUGAAGUUAGUCCUAUGAUAUUUGAUUAGGUUGAAUGGGAUUGU